CAGAGGAGGUAGAGAGAGAGGCGACAGUCCCGAGGUGGACACCACAGCGAGUGGAGGUGUAUAUGUGGAGCUGCUGCUUACUAUACCUGAGUAACCACCUCACGUGAACACACACUUGUUGAUACUCACCCAAACACCGUUAACUACGCGCACCAAGGACAAAACAACAGUAUUUGUUACAACUUAUUGUAAGUGACGUCACUGUCGUAGCUGCAUCUAAUCGUGGACGCGAUAAACAAUAAAUUACAUCUAUAAACACCGCGAUAUAAAAUAAACUUUGUGUUGUAUAAAUAAAUGGCACAGACUUACCGAGCGAAAAUCACUCGAAUUACCCGCUUAAGGCUACGAGCGAUGGUGAGAAGAGCUAUAGUGAGGAAAUGAGGAACUGAGUGCGAUCAGUGAUCUAAUUUAAAAGUGGACUAACUAGUGAGUGGCGAUUGUGGUGACGGAGCACAGGACACAACAAGAGUACAAAGCAUUUCUCCAGUACAAGCCCUGAGUUGUAAGUGUGACCCAAGAUGACCCGCCCAGCCUCUCUCCUCUCCUUGGCACUGCCAGUGUGUGCUAUCAUCUGGUGGCUGCCUAAAGCAUCAGCACAACUACCAAGUUCUCCAUCUUCUGAUUCAGAGUUCCUUACGCAGCCCUCAAACAUAACUGUUCCAGAGGGUGAGCUGGCUGUCCUCAAGUGUUUAGUGGCAAACCCUGUUAAUUUAUGUCGCUGGUACUUCCUUGAAUUGGGCCUAGACUUCUUUGAUAAACGUAUAUCUCCUGUGUUAGUCAAAGACUUUCCGGCAUCACAUCACAGGGACUGCUCCAUCAAAAUUACGAAGGCUCGAAAAAUUCAAGAGGGCCAGUGGCUGUGCCAAGCAAUCAGUUACCAUUCCUCAAAGCUACACAUGACUAGACCUGCUGUUCUCAGAGUAAUUACUGAAUCUGAGAGAGCAACGUGGGAGCCCCCAACAGACCAGUCUGAGUUAACUUAUCGUAGGGGUCGCAAGGAGAACGACUCGCCAGAAGAACCUCGAGAAUCUGAAUCUGAAUUUCAUGGUGACAAAACCCUGAAGACUCGUGUCUUGUUUGAUUUUACUCAUGAAGACUAUAUCCAGGAUGUUCCUACUGGAGAAUCUGCUCUUCUCAAGUGCCAAAUUAAUAAGCCCAUAUCAUCGUGUUCUUGGAUCAUGCCUCAUGGAGACAUGUUUAAUGUGUCACAAGAUGCAGAACACUCUAACAAACCCUACGAGUAUACACAAGACUAUAGGCUAGAAGGUGACCUGCGUGAAGGGAAUUGCACUUUGCGUUUAUGUGAAGUACGGCAGCAGGAUGAAGGAAAUUGGCGUUGUGUGGUGCGUGUGGGAGAGGAAGAGUCAGAGUUUCAAGGACCUUUACUACACUUGCACAUUAUUGACCCUGAAAAUGCUUCUAGUCAUAAUCAUGAGGGAACACCAUUAGUGGAUCCUAAAGGUGAUUCUACAAACAUUUUAGUGAUUGGACUUGUCUUUAUAACAACAAUCCUCUCCAUCAUCGUGAUUAUGCUUUUUACCUGUCUAUAUCGCAGAAUGAGAGGAAAUUCUGAUGAAACUCGAAAAAUACUUCAGAUAUCUCCUUGCAACAGCAUGGAUCUUCCUCGCAAAACACUGCCUACGACAGACUUUACAGCAACUUCUGUCAUGGCUGUAGAGCCUAAAAAGAAGCUUCCAAUGAAGUAUAUGGAUUUGGAUCAGUAUAACCAAUAUUUAGACAUGAGUGUAACUGGGUCAGCGACAGAUGGAUACAUUAUGAUGCCUGGCUCAAGCAUCAGAUCUUCCUCAUCUUCCAGGACAACCUUGUCAACUGUGUCUACUCUUCCUAUUGGCCGUUCUCGGUCUGCCAGUAACAGUACAUCCAUAAGUUCUGGCACACCCCACUGGAGCACAGCAGUAGAUAAUCCUUCGUACAACCCUGAUGUCUCUGAUCCGAGAGAAUUUCCUUUACCUCGUCCUUCCUCUAUAUACAGUGCAGAUCAUGUCUAUGAGGAAAUUAAGGAAAAGAAAGACAAUUCUGAAAAAAUGGAGAAAAUAGUGGAGGCCACAACUCCUGAAACUCCAACUUACACAAAUAUUGUAGAGGACUGUGAAGGAUAUAUGAUCCCAAAAAUGUCUCCAUCCAAUGAGAUUUUACCAAUGCCACAAAAACAUGAGACUCAUAUACCUUUUUCUAAGCUUCCAUUACCAGAUCCACCCCAGGGCAAUAACACUAGCACUACUCCCAGCGAAUUCCAAAUGUCUACUGCUGAUCCAGCUCCUCCAUAUUCUCGACUGGGUCAAAGUGGUCUAGUGCCUGCAAGUCCUACAUCUCAAUCUUCAGUUAAUCUUGGUCCAGGAUACUCAAGAAUUGGAUCUUUGGCUGAUCCUAUGGAAAGAUACGACACUCCACGCCCUAUCCCAAGUGAUCCUGUAGAGCGAUAUGAUGUACCACGUCGUGUUCCAAGUGAGGCUCCUUUACAAUCUAACAUUCCAAUAUUAACAAAAGUUACUGUAAAUGGACUUGAAGGUACAAUUGUUUGAGCCAGCUAUGAAGGUUUGAUAUCAUUAGCAAACCUGCAUAUUCUAGUAUAUCUACACACAUAAUGUAUCAGCAGAUAUUACUAUAAACAAGAAAUAAUGCUGCCAACUUAACUAUUAUUAUAUCAGUAAUAAAUAUGGCUGUAGAGCUAAGAUGUGCUGUUAUGCAAAUAAGGUACAUUUUAUACAAGUGUAUUUUAUUAAAUUUAAUAGCAGUAAUAUGAAGCAUUUAUAUGGGGCAAGAAGGACGUGAAGAAACUAUAAAAUGUAGUGGAUGCUAUAUUCCAACUGACCCAACCCACAGCCCUAACGCAUUCAAACCAGUUACAUGAUAAUUUCGCAGUGUUAAGCAUUUAUGGGCUGCUCAGGAACCAUUUCAUUUUACCUAAUUGUAAUGUACACCCUACUGCCUUACAACCUGGGAUAUGAUGAAAUAACCAUGUAACAGGCUUGGAUGUGCUCAGCAGUGAGCUGAAGCGAUUAAAAUUUACUGUUCACUAUUUCUCCAGUUCAGCUGGUCAGUAGUAUGGCCUGCCUGGUGAUAUACUAAACAUUAUACACAGUAUGUGUACGUAUAUUGUAUAUAUGUAUGUGUGUAUGUAUGUUGAUAAUAAAUUGCAGGUUCCGUGACAAUUGAAUAUUAAAAACACUACUACAGAAAGUAAGGAAGUGGUUGGCAACGAGCUUCUUGAAACUGCUUUUACAUGCUAUUUUCCUUUCUGGCACCGACAAUAAAUCCCUAGAGACUUUGUCAACCAUUUUCCUACUUUCUGGAGUGCUUUGAUGUACAGUAUGUAUGUUGUGCUGUACUGUAAACACACAUUGUACAUGAACUUAUGUACCUGGAGUCUUCCUCUCUCAUGCCAUAAGCCUUAACUAUUGCCUCAGUGCACUGGUUUCAUUCUAAGUCUUUAAUUCUUCCAAUGUAAAUAUUUAUAAUAAAUACAUUAUCUAUUUCAAA